AUGGGCGCCCAGCAACCUUCAGCAGUCCCCUCCUCAGUUACCGACUCCGUUCUCCAAAGUUCGCAACCAGUUCCAGAGGGCUCUCAUGUCGUGAGCGGGGUGGAUUUCGAUAAGUUUCAGGGCCGAAAUAUCACUGUCGCGGAGAUGGUGGACAGCAUGGCCCAUACCGGUUUCCAGGGCAGUGCAGUCGCGGAGGCUGCUCAAAUCAUUAAUGAAAUGCGCGCCUUCCGUGAUCCCGAAACUGGAAACAAAACUACCAUCUUCCUCGGCUAUACAUCGAACUUGAUUUCGUCCGGUCUUCGUGACACCUUACGUUAUUUGGUGAAACACAAUCAUGUUUCCGCAAUCGUGACCACUGCUGGCGGUGUGGAGGAGGAUUUGAUCAAAUGUCUGGCCCCAACAUAUCUCGGAUCGUUCUCAACUCCCGGUGCUGGACUUCGCGCUAAGGGUCUCAAUCGCAUUGGCAACCUUCUCGUGCCCAAUAAUAACUACUGUGCCUUUGAGGAUUGGGUAGUGCCCAUUUUGGACAAGAUGUUGGAGGAGCAGGAGGCUGCUAAGGUUAAGGCUCGGGAGACUGGCGAGGAGGAAGACGAGCUUCACUGGACGCCAAGCCUCAUCACCGAGCGACUGGGUCGUGAGAUCAACCACGAGGAUUCAGUUCUGUACUGGGCGGCCCGGAACGGAAUCCCCGUGUUCUGUCCUGCCCUGACAGAUGGAUCUCUGGGUGACAUGCUUUACUUUCACACCUUCAAGUCUUCCCCGCAACGACUCCGGGUGGAUAUCGUGGACGAUGUACGCCGUAUUAACACCAUGGCCGUCCGGGCGACACGUGCCGGUAUGAUAAUCUUGGGCGGUGGGCUGGUUAAGCACCACAUUGCCAAUGCAUGCCUAAUGCGCAAUGGGGCUGAACACGCAGUGUAUGUGAAUACUGCACAGGAGUUCGACGGUAGUGAUGCGGGUGCACGGCCGGAUGAAGCGGUGAGCUGGGGCAAAAUCAAGGCGGAUGCCAAGUCUGUCAAGGUGAGUUAG